AUGAGGAAAGGCGGACGACCGACUGCUCAACUGCCUCGAGCUGCUCCCCGCUCCCCUAGGCUCACAGCCUCGGCUCUGAGUCCUCCGGUCCCACCGCUCACCUUCCUAGCCCUUCUCACCGCCACCAGAGGUGGCAGGACACCGAGACGGCAGACCUUUAUCCGCAGACCAAAGCUAAAGAGGAGGCGGGUCCAGCAAGAGGUCCUAGCUCAUCUUCUAAAGCCCACUGAGGAAGUUGAGCCUUCUGCAGUCCAGCAGGAAGCCUCAGCACAGCCUCUAAAGGCUCCCCAGCAGGUUGGAUCUUCUCUAGGCCAGCAGGAAGCUCCAGCUCACCCUCCUAAACCCUCUGUGGAGGUGGGAACUUUUCCAACCCAGCAGGAGGCACCAGCUCACCCUCCUAAACCCUCUGUGGAGGUGGGACCUUGUCCAACCCAGCAGGAGAUUCUAGCUCACCUUCCUAAGCCCUCUGAGGAGGUGGGAUCUUCUCCAACCCAGCAGGAGAUUCUAGCUCACCCUCCAAAGCCAUCUGAGGAAGUUGGACCUUCUCCAGUCCAGCAGGAAUCUUCAGCUGAGCCUCCAGAGCCCCCUGAGGAGUUUGAGCCUUAUCCAAUGCAGCAGGAAUUCCCAGCUCACCCUCCACAACUUUCUGAGGACUUGGAACCUUCUCCGGUCCAGCAGGAAGCCCCAACACAGCCUUCAAUGUCUCCAGAGGAGCUAGAGCCUUCUGCAGGGCAGCAGGAGGCUCCAUCUCAGGCUUCAGAGCCCCCUGAGGAGUUUGGACCUUCUCCAAUACAGCAGGAAGGCCCAGGUCAGCCUCCAAAGCCCUCUGAGGAGGUGGAAACUUCUCCUGGCCAACAGGAAGCCCCAGGUGCAGCUCUAGAACACCUUGAGGAGAUUGAACCAUCUCAAGUCCAGCUAGAGGCCCCAGCUCUCCCUCCAGAGCUUCCUGAAAAAGUAGAACCUUCUCCAGUCCACGCAGAAGCCUCCACACUGGCUCCUCUGCUUCCCCAUGAGUUCAAACCUCCAAGUGAACAGGCGGCUGCUGUUCCACUUGCAGAGCUCCCUGACGAAGUAGAACUUUCUCCAAUGCUGCAGGAAGUUCCAGGAGAGCCUCCAAAACCAUCUGAGGGUAUUGAACCUUCUGCAAGUCACCAGGAAUUUCCAGGUGAGACUCUAAGUCUCCCCGAAGAAAUUACACCUCCUUCAACAGAGCAAGAGGCCCCAACUGCACCUUCAGAGCUCCCUGAGGAGAGUGAAACUCCAGUCCAGCAGGAAACCCCAACACAACCUCCUGAACCUCCUCAGGUUAAACCUCCAACACAGCAUGAGGCCCCAACACAGCUUUCAAAGCCCUCUGAGGGUAUUGCACCUUCUCAGACUCAGCAGGAAUUGCCAGCUAAACCUUCAAAGCCCUCUGAGGAAAGCACACCUUGUCCAACCCAGGAGGAGGCCCCUGUUCAGGCUUCUCCAGUACAGCAAGGGGGCGCACAUCAGCCUGUAAAACUCCCUGAAGAGGUGGAACCUUCUCCAGUUCAGCAGGAGGCCCCAACCCACCCUCAUCUUUCAACCUUGCCCAAUGUUACAGUUAAGCCUGCUGAUCUGCAGCUGACCCUAACUCCAGAACCCACUAAGGAGGUUCAUUCAUGUCCAACUCAGCAUGCUGUCCCACCUCAACCUCCAGAGACUCCUUCUGAGAAGGGGAAAUCAGCAAUGAAACAGGAGUUUCCAGUUCAGUCGUCUAAGACUCAGGGAAAUGUUGAGCCUCCUCCAGUUCAUCCUCCUGAACAGGUCAAACCUCCAACCCAUCAGGAGGACCUAGCUCAGGCACCAGAGUCCCCAAAUGUGGUUUUAACACUACCUUUUUUGUAUGAUGAAGUGACAUUUCAACCUCCAGGUCCUCCACAAAUUCAGCAUUCAGUCUUGCCUCAA